AUGAUCAAUACUAUGUUCAAACAUGAUAAGAAGUGCCUAUUAUUUGAAAUAUUUGAAGUUAUUACAGCUUAAUAAUUGACUGUUGAAAAAAUCUAAAUAAUAAAUGCUGAUUUGAUAGUUGGAUUUUCGAAAUCUUAAUAACAUGUUAAAAUUUGGAGUAUUUCAAAAAGAUAGGCUGUUUUUGAACAUUUUUUUGAUUAAAAGAAAGUGAAUGAAUUGUUGAUUAUAUAAAAUUUAAAUGAUUUGGUAGCUUAUGGUUUUUUAGAUAAAUAGGUUUAAAUUUGGAGUAUAGAAACACAAUGUGGAUUUUCUAUGUUGUAUGAAUUAAGCUAUGAAUAAUAGAUUAAGAAGAUUAAAUUAUUAAAUAAUACUACUUAAAUUGGAAUAUUGCAUAAUAAUUAAUAAAUUAGAUAAUUAAGUAAAGAUUAAUUGUAAUAAACUAUUCUCUAUGAAUCUAAUUAAUAGGUUGAAGAUUAUUGUUUUUUCAAAAAGUAAACUUUUCUUGCAAUCAUUUAAAAAAGAGGGUUUGUUUUAAUAUUUUCAAUAAAAUCUUAGAAAUCAAUUAAGUAAUGGAAUGCCAAUCAAUAAGGCUAAUUAUCAAUUGAUGGUAUAGAUAAGGAUUUAAUAAUUGUGACAUAGGCAAGAGAUUAUUCAAUCAAAAUUUGGAAUAUGAGUAGUUAUCAUUUGUUAAGAGUAAUAGAUUCAAGAAAAAUAUCAUUAUCUUCAUAUGA